AUGGACGCCUCCUCCCUCCGCAUCUCCAAGUUCGAUGGAACUAACUUCCACGCCUGGAAGUUCAAGAUGCAGAUGGUGCUGGAGGAACGGGACCUAUGGGAGGUCGUCAGCGGUGAGAUCAAGGCGGAACAGUGCGAGACUCAGUUGGACCAAGCGACGUACAAGAGGAAGUCAAGAAAGGCGAUGGCAUUGAUCUGUCUAGCCAUGGAAGAUUCCCAGCUACCGUUGGUCCGGUCGGCAAGUGGUGCAUGCGACGCAUGGUCAAGGUUGGAAGACCACUUCGAGAAGAAGAGUCUUGCCAACAAGCUGUUCUUGCGCCGUCGCUUCUUCACGACAAUGAUGGAAGAAGGCGACGAUGUGCUCGAACACAUCAACAAGCUCAAGACGCUGGCGGAACAGCUAGAAGCGGUGGGGGCUCCAGUCUGCGAGGACGAUCUGGUGAUCACACUCCUCGGCAGCCUGAGUGACUCGUAUCAAUUCUUGAUCACAGCUUUGGAGUCGCGCUCAGACACUCUUAGCUGGGAGCUCGUGACGUCUCGACUGCUUCAUGAAGAAAUGAAGCGGAAGGAGCAAGGAAGUAAAGGUGAUGAAGCUUCGCAAGGUCAAGCGUUCAUCACAAGGGACAAUCAGCGCAAAGGGCGACCAGUGAAGAAGUCCUGGCCGUGCCACAAUUGCGGAAAGAUUGGUCACUGGAUGGCGGAGUGUCCCUCGCGCAUCCAAGAAAACACGGAGAGACACCGGCCACAGCGUGCUCAAGACAGCGGCGACCGCUAUCGAUCACAACGUGCAAACGUCGCUCAAGAAGAAGACUCGGGCGACUACCUCUUUUCGAUCGGUGAAACGACAUCUGCGAAAUCGAGCGACAUCUGGCUGGUCGACUCCGGGGCGACGCAGCACAUGACGUGCUCCAAGAAGUUCAUGCGGAACUACAAGGGGUUUGACGCUGUGGAUGUCCAUCUCGCGGAUGAUGGAAUCGUCCAAGCAAUCGGCAGUGGGGACAUUGUCAUGUCAAUGAAGACACCCCAAGGGAUGAAGAAAGGUGUGCUCACAAACGUGUGGCACAUCCCAAAGUUAUCCAGAAACCUGUUCUCGGUCGGCCGCUUCACCAAGGAUGUCGGCCCAGUGACGUUCACGAAGGAUGGGUGCUAUGGAGAAGCGAAAGGGACCAAGUGGAAAAUUGGUGCCCGUGAAGGUAAAGGACUGUUCAAGCUGCAAAUGACUCCAGUGGCGCCGGAACAAGCAAAUGCAGCCAAGUCGUCGGGAUGUCAAGGGGGCACCAAGUCGUACCUCUGGCACCUUCGGCUUGGCCACAUAGGUCACGAUGGACUCAAUUGCAUCGUGACGAAGAACAUUGGAAUUGGCAUCGACAUAUCUUCGGUGAAGAAGUGGGACGUGUGUGAAGGUUGUGCUCUGGGAAAACAGACUCGAGUGCGCUUCCAAUCAAACACUACAGCUCGCACCUCCAAACUCCUCGAAGUGAUUCACAGCGACGUAUGCGGACCGAUGUCGAUGGCAACUUUCAGUGGAAAACGGUACUUCGUGACAUUCAUUGAUGACAAGUCAAGAUACUGUGUCGUCUAUCUGCUCAAGAGCAAAUCUGAAGUUGCGGCGAAGUUCAUGGAAUACGCUGCGAUGGCCGAAACGCAAACCGGAAAGCGCGUGAAGUACCUUCAAAGCGACAAUGGGGGUGAAUACAAGUCCGACAAGCUGGCACGAUUCUGCGCGGAACGGGGAAUACAACAAAGGUUCACACCCCCAUAUACUCCUCAGCUAAACGGAGUAGCUGAGAGAAUGAAUCGCACGCUGGUCGAGUGUGCGCGUUGCAUGAUGGAACACGCUGGACUGGGAAAGAGCUACUGGGGUGAAGCAGUGAUGACGGCGAUGUUUCUUCGAAACCGCUGUCCAACACGUGCCAUUCACCAAGACAAGUCUCCAUAUCAAGUGUGGACGAUGAAGAAACCGAUUCUGGCCAACCUUAAAGUGUUUGGAUGCCACGCGUAUGUUCAAGUGCCUCAAGACAAACGCGCGAAGUUCGACUCCAAGUCAUCACUCUGUCGUUUCUGUUGA